UUGCUUCUUAUCUUUAGAUUGUCUGGUUUUAACAAGUGUGUUUUGAUGGCCAAGGAGAUGAUUAUGGCAACCUUUGAUGGCCAAGGAAGUAAUAACAAUAGUGAGUUAUUCCAAGCUCAAUCUCAUUUGUACAAGCACGCACUAUGUUACAUAACUUCCAUGUGUCUAAAAUCAGCAGUUGAGCUAGGCAUACCAGACAUAAUCAACAACCACAAUGGCCAAUCCAUUACUCUCCCUGAGUUGGUCUCUGCCCUUCAUCUUCCUCCAGCCAAAAAUGGCUUCGUCCACCGUUUGAUGCGCCUAUUAGUACACUCCGGCUUCUUCACAUCAAAGAAAAUCAGCCAAAAUCAAGAAGAGCAAGAGGCAUAUGAUCUGACACCUUCGUCUAGACUACUUCUGAAAGAUAAAGUAGUGGUCCAAUCCUUGUCACCCUUUGUUCUUGCAAUGCUUGAUCCAGCCUUUAUGGCUCCAUGGCAUUUUCUUGGAAGUUGGCUCCAAAAAGAUGAGUCUGCAACAACACCAUUUGAGUUGGCUCAUGAGAUGAGCAUUUUUGAGUACAUGAGCAAGAAUACUGAGUUCAGUGACCUUUUCAAUGGGGCAAUGGCCAGUGACUCGGGGAUGAUGAAGUUGGUUGUGAAAGAUAUUAGGCCUGUUUUCGAGGGACUGUGUUCAUUGGUCGAUGUGGGUGGUGGCACAGGAGGAGUCUGCAGGAUCCUCAUUGAGGCAUUUCCUCACCUGAAAUGUAAAGUGCUUGAAUUACCACAUGUGAUUGCCGAUUUGCCUAAUACUGAAAACUUGAUAUUUGUUGAGGGUGACAUGUUUCAGGCAAUCCCUCAAGCUGAUGCACUUCUACUCAAGUGGAUUUUACAUGAUUGGAGUGAUGAGGAAUGCUUGACGAUUUUAAAGAAAUGUAGAGAAGCAAUUCCAAGCUAUGGUGGAGGGAAGGUUGUGAUAAUAGACAUAGUGAUAAAUGACCAAAAUGAUGAACUUGAAACAGCUGAAGCUAAGCUCUACCUCGAUUUGUUGAUGAUGACUUUGGCCACUGGCAGAGAGAGAAGUGAAAAAGAUUGGGAAAAGCUCUUUUUGGAGGCCGGUUUCACUCGCUAUAAAAUUAUUCCUAUAUUUGGUUUGAAGUCUCUAAUUGAGGUUUUCCCUUGAAGACUAAAUCAGAAUAUAAUCUGCAAUAAUCCUUGAAAUAACCAUUUGAUUACUAUUGUGAUUAUCCUUAAUUACAAUAAAGUUAUCAAUAUGAGAUUGUUGAUCACCAAAAAUUAUCUACUUAAAGCUUUUAUGUUACUUUUGCGGACAAAUAAAAUGGAAAAUUACUUUAGUUCUCGAGAAA